AUGACGAGCUCACUUGAACUCACUCCCCUGACAAUGGGGCCAGGCAGACUGUUCCUUAACUCCCAGUUCUGUGCCACAGUCCGAACACCACCAAAGGACCUCUCCCUCUCCGGGAAGACGGCUAUCGUUUCUGGAGCCAAUAUCGGGCUGGGCUUCACUGCCGCACGCCAGCUGCUCGAUCACAAUCUCUCACGCCUCAUCAUCGCCGUUCGAUCCGCUGAAAGAGGAGAGGCUGCCGCAAAGACCCUGAGAGAAAGCCACCCCGACGCUACGGUCGAGGUCUGGUCUCUAGACAUGCUCUCAUACAAGUCCAUCCAGGACUUUGCCAACCGCUGUUCCACCUUGCCCCGGAUCGACUACGUCAUCUUGAAUGCCGGUAUGGUUCAGGAAGACUUUAGGCUCUCGCCGGCAGGCCAUGAGCAAGUCUUCCAGGUGAACUACCUGUCGACUGCCCUCCUCGCCAUCCUACUCCUGCCAGUCUUGAAGUCCAAGAAAGCUUCAGACAAGCCGAGCAGAUUGACAAUCGUCAACUCGGGCACCGCGUUUAUGGCUAAGUUCCCGGAGCAGGACAAGAUCCCCAUGAUAGCCGCAUUCGACGACGAGAAGUCUUUCAAUGCAACGGAUCGGUAUUCGACGUCGAAGCUCUUGGGUCACCUCUUCAUUAUCAAGCUCGCCGAACACGUCCGAAGGGGAGACGUCGUCGUCAACCUCGUCGACCCGGGUCUCUGUAAAGGAUCAGGACUUCACCGCCACGUCGGCAGCCUCAUCAAGACGAUAGCGGAGGUGGGAAAGAGCUUGACGGGGAGAACUCUGGACGUCGGAGCGUCAACAUACCUUGAUGCGGCCGUCGUUCGAGGAGAAGAGACUCACGGAAGUUACUUGAUGGACUGGAAAAUCUUUCCCUUUGCCAACAUCAUCUAUACACCACAGGGCAAGACCGCCCGAGAGCAAUUGUGGGAGGAGACUUUACAGGAAUUGGACUUUGCCGGGGUGCGCUCAAUCCUUCGCUCCAUGCAGUAG